CCAAUAGCAUUGGAGGGCUUGUGCACGCAUAAGCGGUGGAUGGAGCUUCUCCGGGUAUACUUCCGCGUCCAAUGCAUGUUCAUGUGUAGGUUGAAUGGAUGAAACGGGGAGUGCGGAGAGGUAUAGGCAUGCUGUGAUACGGCCCUAUAUAUUUGCCGGCAGGACUAUCUUCCUUUUAAAGAGAACCUCCUCCGUGCAUUGGCUUCCACUCAGUGAUGUCGCGUAUUUGUGUGGCGCACCUGUAAAGAGCGAGACAGGCAGAAGCCGGCUUUUUUAAUUAUUUGAUUCCUUUUCUUUCUUCUGUUAUCUUUUUUUCCCUUUUGUUUCAUGCAUUUGCUGAAAGGAACUCAUUUCUGUGUUUUGAUUUAAUAAAUAUUUCAUUUCCCUCAUUUUAUCUUGUUUGUGUUGGCUUUUUAUGUUCCCAAGUUUGAACUAAAGAGAGCGGAAUUCGUCAUUUUACACGCUAUUGGCCAGGUGUUUUCAUUCAGAGAUUGUUUGCCUAAGGACGUCCCUAACUUUCAUUUGUAGAAACGACGGCAACUCCAAACUAACAUGGCAGUCAGACUGUGCGAUGUGGCUUCUCUGCUUAGAAGUGGUUCGUGGGCGCCUGAGCCUUGGACUGGGCAGGUAAUUGCUGCCAUGGAAACACAGCUAUCCAAUGGGCCCACUUGCAACAACACAAGCAACGGUCCUUCAACUAUCACAAACAACUGCUCUUCACCUGUAGAGUCAGGGAGCGUAGAGGACAGUAAAACUAACUUGAUAGUCAACUAUCUGCCUCAGAACAUGACCCAGGAGGAACUGAAGAGUUUGUUUGGGAGCAUCGGAGAAAUUGAGUCCUGUAAACUAGUUCGAGACAAAAUCACAGGGCAGAGCCUAGGCUAUGGAUUUGUGAAUUAUGUGGACCCAAAGGAUGCAGAAAAGGCCAUCAAUACCUUAAAUGGCUUGAGACUUCAGACCAAAACCAUCAAGGUUUCCUAUGCGCGUCCAAGCUCCGCCUCCAUCAGAGAUGCAAAUUUAUACGUCAGUGGCCUGCCAAAAACUAUGACUCAGAAGGAACUGGAGCAGCUCUUCUCUCAGUACGGACGCAUUAUUACCUCACGCAUUCUGGUGGACCAGGUGACUGGUGUUUCCAGAGGAGUUGGCUUCAUUCGUUUUGACCGGCGAGUUGAGGCUGAGGAGGCCAUCAAGGGUCUGAACUGUCAGAAGCCGCCUGGUGCCACCGAACCCAUUACAGUCAAGUUUGCAAACAACCCGAGCCAAAAGACCAGCCAGGCGCUGCUGUCCCAGCUCUAUCAGUCACCCAAUCGAAGGUACCCAGGACCCCUCGCACAGCAGGCACAACGCUUCAGGUUGGACAAUCUGCUGAACAUGGCCUACGGAGUCAAAAGCAGGUUCUCCCCGAUGGCCAUUGAUGGGGUGACCAGCUUGGCUGGCAUCAACAUCCCGGGGCACGCAGGCACUGGCUGGUGCAUCUUCGUCUACAACCUGGCUCCGGACGCAGAUGAAAGCAUCCUUUGGCAGAUGUUCGGGCCGUUUGGUGCUGUCACAAACGUCAAGGUUAUCCGCGACUUUAACACAAACAAGUGCAAAGGAUUUGGUUUUGUCACCAUGACUAAUUACGACGAGGCAGCUGUGGCCAUCGCCAGCUUGAAUGGAUACCGCCUUGGGGACAGAGUUCUGCAAGUGUCAUUCAAAACCAACAAAACACACAAAGCCUGAAACUCAGAUUGUUUCUAGAAAACUCACCAGAAAAUGGAAACAGAAAAUGGAAGCGUAUUGACCGUAACUUUCUACAUUAGUAACAAGAGCUUUGUAAAUCAGUGUUGCGAAGAAAAACGAUAUUUAGCGUCCAACAAUGUGAUCUCUUUUUUUUCCUUCUCUUUUUUCCCAUUGCUACACUUUGAAUCUUCUCUAUACUUUAAAACAGAAAAAUACCUGCAGGUCUUGAUGCCUGUCAUGUUGACUUCUCUUGCUGUCUUUACAGAUGGACCAUCUAAAAUGUUACUCUAGGUUUUGUCAUUUUGUUGCACAUCUGCUUUGAAACAGUAAGUCUUGUAAGGUUAUGUGUAGUGAUUUUUCUUUGUACUUCUGUGUCCUGAUUUGCCACACGUGCGUUUAUGCCUUCGGUGGUUAGCAAGUACUUGCGUUGAACUAUUUGCGGUUCUGUUAAUUUUGUAAGUAUUCUGUUUCCUGUAAUAUCAGUUGGUUAUUGGUUGGCUGCAUAAUGUUGCUUAUUGUACAAUUAACAGAUAAAAAGACAAAAAAAAAGAUUCUUAAAGCAGUACCUUGCCAAAGAGCUAAGAACCUCUUUGAUGUGGGUUUAAAAGCAUCUAUUUUUAUAAAAAGAAAAAUUUGGAGAAACUUUUUACUGGACCUGGAACAAAAUAUUUUGACUUGGAUACUUUGAGAAAUAUCUUCAUAUGACACCUUGUGAGCUUUUGAACUUUACAAGAAAGUUUGCAGUGGUUGAAAUUUCUGGAGAGAUUUAUGAUGUAAAAGAUACCUUUUGAGAUCUUUGUAUUACCUUUAGAUUAUAGAAUCAGUGGCAGUGCUGGUUUCAUUUGUAAAAUCAUCUGUGGGUCCCCCCCCCCCCCCUCCCCUCGGUCGUCUGGUCGUUACGGCUAGCGACUCGCUUUCCGGUCUGAUUUGGAAACGGACAAAACUUCAAAGGUUGAUCUGCAAAAAGUGCAUGAAAAAUUAAAAACAUGGAGAUAUCAUAAAGGUAAAUGGGGGAUUUAAAAAAAGGGAAAAAAGAAAAAUCAGUUCUUCCUCUAAGAUUCCCUUCAGAUGGAGCUCAUGGUGUUUUGUGGUGUAUCUACAAUAUCAUUAGACUGAUUUUUGUCUUAAUAUCAACCAAUGAGGGUUUUUACAUACUUUGUAUGAAAGAUUGAAGACAAGCCAGUGAAGGCAGCAGCAUCAAAAAACAACUAGCGUGACAAAUAGAAGGGUUCCUCCUGAGCUUUGAGCUGUGUAAAUAAGUCCUUUUUUAUGUUGAGUACUUGGCAGACUUUGGUUUUUGUUUGGACUUCAUUGAAAAGUGUUAUUAUAUACAACUUUCUUUUCAGGACUGUGUAAGGUCUUUUUUUUGUUUUUGGGUCUUUAUUUUCAGUUUCUCUUCAGUUGAAAUACUUGAGUUGUCGUCCUAUGGACUAGCAUUAGUGCAUCAGAUUUGUUGGUUGUUAGGUCUGUAGAUAGUCUUGCUUCGUUAAAAAAAAAAAGGUAUUAAGAAACUAUAGACAUUUGUUUUGGUUUUUUUUUUUUUUAUAUAUAAACAUUAUAGAUAUAUAUUUAUGUGGUAAAGAAUGGAUAUAAACCACAGUUUUGAACUAUUUGAUUACUUUUUUCAUACUCAUAUCUCUAUAUAUAAAUAUAUACGUAAUGCAUAUAACCUGUCUUUAAAAUCGUAAAAAGGUGUAUAUUGCUUUAUUCACUUUGGGGAAGGGCGGUGAAGCAGUUCCAUUAACAAUAGCAAAGUUGGUUGCAGAAGUUUGUCAACAUCUAGCUCAUCUCAAACACAUGAAUGGAGGCUGGUUGAGCCUUAGAUGCACUGAAUACUGCACCUGCAUCCUGCUUGGUAUUUCAACCGAUUAUUAGUCAUGCUUUCCCUUAAACGAGCAGUGUGCUAUGCAUUAUAUAAUUAUCUUUGCAACUGCUUUUUCUUGUUUAUCUAUUCCUUCUUUGUGUUACUUGUACAAGUUAAACUUUAAGUCUAGAUGAGUUGUGAUACUUGCUGCUGUAGGGAAGAGACAACAUUUGUCAUGCCUGACCUGCCACUGCUGAGAAUAAGUUUUGUUUUUCCUUUAUGUAACCGCUUGAUGUUUUUUUUUGUUUUUUUUCUCUAUUUAUUUUAUUUUUUUCCUUUUAUUUUUUAUUUAUUUAUUUAUUUAUUUUUGGUUUUGGGAAAUUGUGCUGCAGGUCUGGCAUGAGGAAAUGUUUCCUCCCAUCCCUCUUUUCUCAAUUCUUAAUAUGAGAGUGAUUAUUUAUUUGAAGUUGUAUAGUCUGACUUGGUUCACAGCAUUUUUGGAAUAGAAUCUUUUUGUUAAGUAUUUAAAAGGAUGUACAUGUUCUUUACUUUGUGUUUGGAUACUUUUGGAUUUAUUUAUUUUUCCAUGUUCAGUACAUCAAUAAAUAAGUUGAAGGGCAA